AUGCCAUCCAUCCUUCAAGCCGAUGUCUACGUCUCUUCGCGCCUCCCACUCGCAAUCAAGCGGCUCGGCGAAACAAGCACCUUCUCACCAAUCUCCUGCACCCUAAUCCACGGGGAAUCCGAAGCCGUUCUCGUUGACACACCUAUUUCAAUCUCCCAGACCGAAGACCUCGCAUUCUGGAUCAAGUCCACCGCCCCAGGCAAAGACCUUCGCUAUGUCUACAUCACCCACGGCCACGGCGACCACUGGUUCGGCAUAACCGUGCUUCGAAAGCACUGGCCCAACCUCCGCGCCCUCGCUACCCCAGGCACAGUCGAGCAUAUGAAGGAGCAAAUCAAGCCCGCCAUCUUCGAGGGAACAUGGCUGAGUCUCUUUCCCGGGGGCCAAAUUCCCCAGUCCCCCGAGCUCGCGGAGGCCAUGAAGUCUCCGGUGUUCGAGAUCGAAGGCCAUGAAUUCCGCGCCGUCGAGGUCGGCCAUACAGACACAUACAACACGACCGUGCUCCACGUGCCUAGUAUCCACCUGGUAGUCGCCGGGGAUGCAGUAUACGGCGAUGUACACCAGUACUUCGGAGAAGCCAAUACUCCCGAGAAACGACAGGAAUGGCUCCGAGCGCUGGAUGCGAUCGAAGCACUAAACCCACACACCGUGGUUGCAGGGCACAAGCGAGCCGGAACGGUGGACGGACUGUUCAACGUGCAGAAGACUCGUCAGUAUAUAUUGGAUUUUGAGGACGCUGUUAUCUUGGCGUCGAAUUGGAAGGAAUUGGCAGAGGACAUGCAGAGACGCUAUCCUCGACGCAUUAACCCGCAUGCAAUUCUCAGGGGAGCGGUGGCUGCAUUCUCCGAGCCAUCUAGCUCGCGCGGUGGUAGGAUUUAG